UCGUCAGGUUUUUUCCGCACAUGCCACAUUCAUUUAUUAUUUAUUUAUUUUCCCGCACAUGCCACAUGUGGUUCCCAUAGCAACCACAAAAUGCCAUCAACAAGAUAACUGCUUUCUGUGACAAUGACAAAUCCAGGCAGCCAUAAACCAUUCAAGGCACCGACUCCUCCUGUCAUUGGUAAAGUCAGUCACCAUAGCAUUGACCUGAGCUGGGAGACAGAGGAGAAUGAACCACGGACAGGCUCACCAGAGAAAUGGACCCGCUUCUCUGUAGAAGAGAUGGACCCCAAAUCACACACAUAUGGGACUAUCUAUGUUGGGUACAGCAGUCACCACACUGUAGAAAGUUUGGAGCCCAGCACGUCCUAUAAGUACAGACUAAGAAUCACAAGACCAACUGGGGAGUCCCUCUACAGCCCGGCUGUGUCUGUCUCUACCACACGUGAGCCUAUGAGUGGGAAGAACCUCCACCGUGCUGUCAACAUGAAUGAUGAGGAGGACAUGACCAGAGUGUUGGAGUCUGGGACAGUCAGUGUGAACGUCAAUGACAAACACGGUUUCACUCCUCUCAUGGUGGCUGCACAGAAAGGCUUUGCCAGACUGGUUCACAAAUUGGUAGAACACGGUGCAGACGUGAAUAUGAAGAACGGUAGUGGGAAAGACAGUCUGAUGCUGGCAUGUUUCUUUGGCCACCUGGACAUAGUGAAGUACCUGAGGAGAUUUGGGGCCACGUGGCAGUCCCAGGACAUGGGGGGCUGUACCCCCCUCCACUGGGCAGCUGACGGAGGACACCUUGCUGUCAUAGCCUACAUGAUCCAGGAUGGCUGUGAGUUGGACGUUAGGGACACCGUGUCCCACUGGACUCCUCUGAUGAGGGUGUCAGCGGUCAGUGGGAACCCAGCGGUGGCCUCUCUCCUCAUCAGAGCCGGAGCUGAUGUCAACACCAGGGACAAGGAUGGCAAGACACCACUUAUGGUGGCAGUGUUGAACAACCAUGAGGAGCUGGUGCAGCUGUUGUUGGACAGUGGGGCCGACCACGAUGUGAAGAACGAGUUUGGGUCAGGUGCAGCUGAAAUGGCAAAGGCCUUUGGAAGAGAGAAUAUCAUCAGUUUAUUAGAAGGACGGAAGAGUAUAGUCAGAGAUGGUAUAGUCCAUUAUUAAAGAGUAUAGUCAGAUGGUAUAGUCCAUUAUUAAAGGGCUUAGGUGGACAGCAUUAUUAUUCUAAUAGCUUUAUUACUGUUGUUUAUUUAUUAACAUAUUGUAUGCAGGUGCUGUAUCUUAAACCUGUAUUUUUAUCUGGAUAUUUGUUUUGUAUAACGAAACAUGUAUACAUAUACUGUAUACCGAUUUUUAAGGAUGAAUGAAAUAAUAAACCAUUAAGAAUUCCCUCAAGACCCAAAGGAUUGACUUGGUUUCGCUAUACCGUACAGAUACAGUGAGCACCAAAACGUAUUGGGACAGUGACAUUUGUUGUUGUUUUGGCUCUGUACUCCAGCACCUAGGGAAAAUUAACUUACAGUACCAGUCAAAAGUUUGGACAUACCUACUCAUUCAAGUUUUUUUUUUUCAAAGGCAUUUUUACUAUUUCCUAUAUUGUAUAAUAGUCGUGAAGACAUCACUAUGAAAUAACACAUAUGGAAUCAUGUUGUAACCAAAAAAGUGUUAAACAAAUCAAAAUAUAUUUUAUAUUUGAAAUUGUUCAAAGUAGCCACCCUUUGACUUGAUGACAGCUUUGCACACUCUUGGCAUUCUCUCAACCAGCUUCACCUGGAAUGCUUUUCCAACAGUCUUGAAGGAGUUCCCAUCUAUGCUGAGCACUUAUAGCUGCUUUCCUUCACUCUGCGGUCCAACUCAUCCCAAACCAUCUCAAUUGGGUUGAGGUCGGCUGAUUGUGGAGGCCAGGUCAUUUGAUGCAGCACAAUCACUCUCCUUCUUGGUCAAAUAGCCCUUACACAGCCAAAACAAACGACAAACUUGUUGGAUGCAUUUGCUGAGUCACAAGCCUGAUUAAGUCAUUGUGUGUUAUGAAUAUGUCCCCAACCACUAAACCUUUGACGACUUGAAUACACAUAUACUGUAAGUGAAUAUGUCCAAAUACUUUUGGUCUCCUAAAAUGGGGGGACUAUGUAGAAAAAGUGUGGUUUACACAAUAUGGAUGAAAAUACCCUCAAAUUAAAUCUCACUGUCUGCACUGAAACCUCAUAUUCAUUGUAUCAUUUAAAAUCCAAAGUGCUGGAGUACAGAGCCAAGACAACAAAACAUGUGCCACUGUCCCAAUACUUUUGGAGCUCACUGUGUCUGAUUAAACAUCAUCCUACAAGAGGGAGUCAGAGAUUUCACAUUGCUGUGCAAAUUAGUCAUGUAUUAUUAUUUGUAAUAAAAUGUUUAGUGUUAAGUCGUCUGCAUACAUUCACCUGUACAGUCAGCAAAUAAGUGCAAAUAUAUCAAAUGAACAGCAUAAGAGAAACCUCAUUUGACUCUGCAAUCUCAAUGUUCAAGUACUCCAACUGUCCCAGAAUCACAGUUUUUUUACCAUAAUCCGCAUUCCUUGAGGAGUUUAAUAAAACACACAUGUUUUAUUGAA